AAGGACUUGGCUAUGGUCCACCAGAGGGAGCUGGGCGGUAAGAAAAAAUUGGUUAGGGCUCUUGUCGAGUCGUGGAAGCAUGAGGACGAGGAAGCCUAUCUGGUGUCCAGGUGCCAGACCAACUUUCUCUUCGAUUGGGGCGGACUGGGCAAGCUGGGCCGUCUCAUCCAGCUUCUCUACUGUGGUCGUCUCUUUGACAGCCUUCAAGAGCGCGAACUCUACGUUCGGCUCGAUCCCACAAACGGUGUCACCGACGAGGAUCUUCGCUACAUCUCGUCGCUUUCUCUUCGGGUUUUACAAUCCUCCCAGCUGGAGGAACUCGAAGCAUCCCCAGCCAUUCCAAUCCUAGACCGGAUCAUGGACUCGGCCUACUUCCACUACGAGCAGCCCUCCCGAUGCAGCCAGACGGUGCGCUGCAUCACGCGGCUCUACAAAAAGACGAAGGACCGAGUUCUCCUGCGGCUGCUGCGAGAUGUGCUCCACGAGUACAAAACAGGCGGCUACGUCUUCCAGUGGAGGCGGGUCCCCGAGUUCUGUCAUUCGUACCCGCCGCCAACCGGUACGUGCAUUGACGACGUGCAUGCCCUCUCCCAGUUGAUCCAGGCGAUCAACACUAGCCCUUUCACCAGCUUGCUCUUGACUGCAAGGCCCCCAGAGUCCAUCAGCCCCCACGACCAUGCUUUGAUAACAUGCAUGUACCACGCUUACUGCUGGAUGAUCAACACCCGGCUGCCAGUAUACAAGGCCCUCCCUGACUUGUCCUACUCGGCCCUACGUUCUGGGCCGAGAGACGAUCUUGUUGCAGCAGCGGAAAACAUGUAUAUGAUGGAGCGAAUACCCAAUUAUGUCGAGGUUUGUAAACGAAGGGACCUCCUGCGGGCGAAGCUGUAUGGUAUGAGGAUGGAUGGCGCUAUUCUUGAGGCCUAUGCAGUUCGGAAACGUUUUAAGUGCUAUUUAUAACUAGAAACUCCCUAAGAGGAAAGAAAUUGGGUAUGUUUGAGCCCGAAAAUUGCUUGAGCUUGGAGUAAUAAAAUGAUUUUAAGAGUUGCACCCAA